AGCCCAGGCGGCCGGAGGAAGAGGAGGAGGAGGAGGAAGGGCGUGGGCUCCGGCGGGCUCGCUCCGGUAUGGCCCUGGCGGACAGCGCCCGCGGGCUGCCCAACGGGGGCGGCGUGUCGCCCGCGGCAGGGAGCGGGGCGCCGGGCAGCGGGGCGGCCGCGGCGGCGACGGGCGGCUGGUCGUCCUUCCCGGAGAUCGUGGAGCUGAACGUGGGCGGGCAGGUGUACGUGACGCGACGCUGCACCGUGGUCUCGGUGCGCGACUCGCUGCUCUGGCGCAUGUUCUCGCAGCAGCAGCCCAGCGAACUGCCCCGGGACAGCAAGGGCCGCUUCUUCCUCGACCGCGACGGCUUCUUCCGCUACAUCCUGGACUACUUGCGGGACCUGCAGCUGGUGCUGCCCGAGCACUUUCCCGAGCGCAGCCGCCUCCAGCGGGAGGCUGAGUACUUCCAGCUGCCGGACCUGGCGCGGCGCCUGGCGCAGACCCGUGUGGCCGCCGCCCGCCCCGCCGCCCUGCACCGCGACGGCUCCGUCUGCGCCGAGGAGCCGCCGCCGCCGCUCCUGGGCUACCUGGAGGCCGAGCCGCUGGAAGGAGGCGGCGGGGCCGUGGCGUCCGCCCCGUCGCCCACCGCCAGCCGCAGCCCGUCGGGGGGGCCGCUGCUCACGCCUUCGCAGUCGCUGGACGGGGCGGGCGGGCGGCGCUCGGGCUACAUCACCAUCGGCUACCGGGGCUCCUACACCAUCGGGCGGGAGGCGCAGGCUGAUGCCAAAUUCCGGCGGGUUGCCCGCAUCACUGUCUGCGGCAAGACGGCGCUGGCCAAAGAGGUCUUCGGGGAGACCCUGAACGAGAGCCGCGACCCCGACCGCCCUCCCGAGCGCUACACUGCCCGCUACUACCUCAAGUUCAACUUCCUCGAGCAAGCCUUCGACCGACUCUCCGAGGCCGGCUUCCGCAUGGCCGCCUGCUCCUCCACCGGUACCUGCGCCUUCGCCCCCGAGCAGGGCGGUCCUGCCGAUGACAAGAUCUGGACCAGCUACACCGAGUAUGUUUUCUGCCGGGACUGAGCAUCCGCCCAGCCCGCGGCGUGGGGACAAGACAGCCGGCCCUGCACACCCUCGCACCUGCGGUCCCGUCGCAUCCCGAAGGAAGGAUGUGCAGCGGGGCUUAUCUCCCUGUGAAGCGGCAUCUCCUUGUGCUUCUCUCACCCCGGUGUCUGCCUCCACGCACAAGGCGGGCCAGCCCCGGCGCAGCCCCCGUGCCCUCCUGACGGCCCCGGGGGCAGGAGGGCACCGUGUUUUGCCUCGGCUCUCGUGUCCCCGCUUGGCCACCACGUCCCUGAUCAGCCACCAUAGCCUGGCUCCCACCUUCACCCUCCCUCCUACAUCUCCCAGUAGCUGUGUUGGUAGCAAGGAAGGAGAUAAGUAUUGGGAGUAGACAAAUGCAGGUCCCACAAAAGCAUGCAUGUGCACGCAGUCUUUGUCCCUCUCCCCGCACAGAGCUCAGAUACAGCUCUGUCAGGGUGGGGCGUUUUAAAAAAAUCAUCCAGUUAGGGGCUGAGAAUCUUUGAGCAAAUUCUGUUGAAGACGGCAUGACAAAUGGCUGUCUUUCCCCAUCCCAAUAACCCCUAUGAGGGAGUUUACCUUGGUGGGCAGACCCCAAAUGAUCAAUUUUUAACUCCUCCCUCCCCCACCCAUCAAAGUGAUGCCUGUCUGUGAAGGACUGUCACAUAGAAGGGAAGUCCGACUGCGAGGGGUUUGCACUGGCUCAUACUUUAUCUGUUGAGAUGAGUAAUUUUGCAGGAGGCAUGCAUGUGGCCCUUCCCAACUGGUUGCUCCCAUCUCCCCUCUUUGCUCCCUGUGUCUCUCAGCAUCUCUCUGCGAGCUGUUAAGCUGGACCAGGGCCUGCACAGCGAGCGUCUAAAGCUGAUGUGAAAGGACAGAUUUGCUGGAUAGCCAACCAUUUGAACUAUGAAGUGUCCUCAGAGACAUGUGUUUAUUCCCUUGAGAGGUAAAACGACACUUUGAAAAAUUAAAGUUCUUGUGAAUUGUAACUAACAUGGGUGGUCUGAAGUCCUUAUAAUUCUCUUGAAGUUACUGUCUAUAAUAUGGACAGAAAUCUCAAUGCAUAUUUCCUUAAACACCAUCAAAAUGAUGGGAAUGAGGUGAAGCCAGGCUUGCCUGGGUCCUGGGAAGCUGAAAUCAUGUACAUUGAAUUAGUGCAGAUGUACAUUAUAAAUGUAAUCAAGAGCGCCCUUGUUACUUUUUGUCAUGUUAGUCCUGUAAAACUCUGAAGCCAACAGAUGACAAAAGUCACUUUUUUACAGAACCAUUUCCUUAGUUUUCAUAGCAGUAUUAUCUGGGCACUGACACUGCUGAGGGUUUUGUACCUCUUCCUAGACGAACUUAGUGCUUCUUAGAAAAUAUUGAGCCCUGUCCUUAGAAAAACAAGAAUGAUGCCAGCUUUCUUCAGGGGAAAUUACCUCUUCUGAGCUGUGUUUUGCUACUGCUGAAUAACAGUCUUUUCCAGAGGAGGCAGUCAGAGUCUGCUUUGGAACAUGAUCUGAGCUGCAGGUUUUACAGUAGGGGAGAUUGAGCACUCUUUCUAAUAAAUUCUUUGUAAUUUCUAUUAAAUUUCUAAUGAAUUCUUUCUAAUAAAUUUCUAAUAAAGUCUGGAAUGUAAAAGCAUUUCCCUUUAAAAAUAUAAACUUGAUUUAAGAAUGUGUAUAGCCUGUUCAGACUAUCAGAGAAAAAUAUCCUAAAUAUAUCUGAAGUGUUGAAGAAUUUAGCACUACAUAUUAAAGGCUUGAAAUUAUGUUUUAAAAGCUCUUUGAACAAUAAUUGUAGUUCUAGCUAGUUCUAGUUCUAAUUCCAAAUUUAGAAAUACUGCUAGCACCUGUAUUCUAACCAAAGAAUUUCACAGUAGGAUUUUUUAAAAAACCCUAAUUCCUUUGGAAACAGCUAUAGCUACAUUUCUUUUGAGUUUCAGUGCUCAGUCUCUGUUCGCUUAGUCUUGCAUUAAAUGCAUGCACAACUACAUGAAACUGAAAAUAAUUUGCAUCAUCAUAGCUUCUUUUUUUUAAUGUUAGCAAGAUUGUUUAUCAACGUGAUUAAAUUGAAGAUGUGUAUAUGAAAGCACUGGAUACUGUCCAUAUGUAGAUAGGUGUGUUACAGAGUGUUUUUAAAUGGAUAGAAAUGUAAACUUGCCAAAUUAGAUGAGCAAUAAGAUACAGUGAGAGGCCAAUACACCUGAGGAUGGAAUGAAGUCUGUUUGUCCUAUGCCUUACUCUGAGAUGACUUCUUUGUGCUUAACUUUUACCACAAGUGAAAAGACAUUGAUCACAGAUACUAGGUCUUUACAGUGCCCUUCUCAAGAGUAAUGACAGUCUUUUUCUAGUUUCUGUUAAGUAACUCUGAAGUACGUUUUUUAAGAUUUUGUAUAAAAUCAGUUUUCAGUAAAGUGUUCAAAUUUGCUCUAGAUAGCUUUCUUUUUUAAAGAAUCUGGUAGCUUACUGAAUCCAUCAUAGGAGCUAUGAAUAGGGGCAGUUUUAAAUUGACCUUGUGAUUUAGUGUACAUAUAUAUACAGUAUAUAAACAUUUUACACGAAUCAUUUAGUUUUUUAAUCAUUUUAGUGCUGCAGGAUUUCAUAAUGUAUCUAGCUGAGCAUUUUCACAUUAUGUUAUGUACAUAACAUGGUAAUGUUUUACUGGUUUCUUAUACCUGUUUCUAUGGAAAAACUGAAUAUGAGUAUCAUCAGCUUGUAGAACUGAAAUUGAUGACAUAUUUGCUUGAAUGUGAAUCUUCCAGGUGGCUGAAUGCAUUUCUAAAACAAAGAUUGCUUUUGAUUAAUGGUUACCUAUCCCUUUCCUAGCAGACUACCCAGUAAUUCUCAUUUUUUAUGUAAAAAUGGAUGUAAUAUAAACAGGAUUUUUUUUAGUCUUCAUGCUAAAAACUUUUCAGCAUUAUUAGUGUUAAAUGUUCAUUUACUGAUAACUCAUUAUCAGUAUCGUCAGCAGGCUUAAAAUGAUGGUGCCAUAAAUGUAAUAGUCAUUUGAUGCUUUGCCACAGAAGAUAUUUUUCUGAGCCAUUACUUAGUAAUGGCAGUAAACUUUUUAAAAGGAAAAAGACCCAAGGCAAAGUCAAUGAGUUUUGCUGGUCUCUUCUAUUGAGAGCUUGAAGAAUGGAUAAACACAAUGACUGCUGACUGUUGACAUGAAAACAUAUAAAUAUAAAGGCACAAUACUGGAGUCCUGUGUACAUUUUGUAGCUGUUGCUGUUCACAGUUCAUGUACUUAUGGAUGAAUGCAGUAUCAUUUAUGAGUGCUAUUAAAAACCCACAAGGGCAGUCUUUCUUUUAAUUAGAAAUUAAGGCAUAGGUCUUUUCAGUGAUGCAUAUCAUGAAGGGUGAUUUUGCAUAUGUUUGAUAGGAUGUUUAUAUUUUUAUACAUGUAGAUAAUGAGCCACUUAUUCAUUCUUAUUUUCACAUGUAUAGCAUUGAAAAUAAAGAUACUCCUAGGAAAAAGUUGCAUACCAAAUUAAAUCUUUGUUCUUUAAAUAUUAA